GCUCGCACAGCACCAGCCCGGCCACCAUCGCCGAGAAGAGCAGACCACGCGAGAGGAAGAGGGUUCUCGUAUGAGGAAGUGGGUGCGGGCGGCGCUGAUGGGCGCGCUGGGCGCCGCCGAGCUGCUCCUCAGCGCGGCCGUCCACCUCGGCUACGCCUUCUACAUCUUCGGCGCCGCUGUCGCCGCCGACGUCGCAGCCUCCCUCGUGAAGCGCCUCAUGCCCGCCAAGGAUGUCGCCGUCGCGAGCGAGGACGAGGCCGCGGCCCUGCUCGACGGCGCCGCGCCGCCGAUCGUGCUGGUGCACGGCAUCUUCGGCUUCGGCAAAGGCAGGCUGGGAGGGCUCUCGUACUUCGCCGACGCGGAGGACAAGGACGGCCGCGUGCUGGUGCCGGACCUGGGCGCGUUCACCAGCGUCCACGACCGGGCCCGGGAGCUCUUCUACUACCUCAAGGGCGGGCGCGUCGACUACGGCGAGGCGCACAGCGCGGCGUGCGGCCACGCCCGGUUCGGGCGGGCCUACGCGCGCGGCCACUACCCGCUCUGGGACGAGGCCCACCCCGUGCACCUCGUCGGCCACUCCGCCGGUGCGCAGGUCGCCCGCCUCCUCCAGCAGAUGCUCCACGACGGCGCGUUCGAGGGCCAUGCCGCCGCCACCUCCGCGCGCUGGGUGCUCAGCGUCACCUCCCUCUCCGGCGCGCUCAACGGCAGCACGCGCGCGUACAUCGACGGCGCGCGCCCCGAGGACGGCGGGGGCCGGUCGCUGCGCCCCGCGUGCCUCCUCCAGAUCUGCCGCGCCGGCAGCGUGCUCUACCACUGGCUCGACCUCCCUCCCUGGCUCAAGCGCUACUACGACUUCGGCUUCGACCACUUCGGCAUGUCGCGCUGCCUCGUCGGCGCCCGGGGGCUCGCCGACGCCCUGGUCGCCGGCCGGCGGGGCCCGUUCGCGACGGGGGACUGGAUCGUGCCGGACCUCACGAUCCAGGGCGCGGCGAGGAUCAACGCCCGGGUGCGCACGUUCCCGGGCUCCUUCUACUUCAGCUACGCCAGCCGUGUCCCGUCGGGGCUGCUGGGGAUCCACCCGCUGCUCUUCCUCCGCGCCCUGCAGAUGCGCCGCUGGCGCUGGCCGGCCGGCGCGCCACCGCCGUACGAGGGGUACCGGGACGAGGACUGGGAGGACAACGACGGCGCGCUCAACACCUUCUCCAUGACGCACCCGCGGGUCCCCGAGGAGCACCCGAGCGAGCCGGUGGAGGAGGAGGAGGACGGCGCCGGCGCCGGCCGCCCGCUGCGGCCCGGCGUCUGGUACUACCGGAUCGUGGAGGCGGACCACAUGGCAUUCGUCAUCAACCGCCGCCGCGGGGGCGUGCAGUUCGACCUCGUCUACGACAGCAUCUUCCGCAACUGCCGGAGUCUGUGCCUGCCGGACCGCCCCGCCACCGACGCCGCUCCGGAAGCAGAGCUGACGAAUCCGGACUGAGAUCUCGUCGAGCGGCCGAAUUUAUGAAAUCCAUUCUUGAUCCAUUCUUUACUUUCCGUGAUUAUUCUUUGGAUAGGUUCAUGUGAUCAUCAUCGGAUGAUGAUGGUGGAACUUUUGAAUAGUUUCGUUCCCGCUACCACCAGAAAGUAAUGCAUGCAUUUCCUACUGAUUGACUGUGGCCCAUCAGAAGUACACUCAAGCAGCAGCAGACUCCCUGACGGCCUUCAACUUGGGCUUCGCGGUUUCAGCUCUGUC